AUGGGAGACUGGAAUUUCCUUGGAGGCAUUUUAGAGGAGGUCCACAUUCAUUCCACUAUUAUUGGAAAGAUUUGGCUAACAAUCCUCUUCAUAUUUCGAAUGCUUGUCCUUGGAGUGGCAACUGAGGAUGUUUGGAAUGAUGAACAAUCAGAAUUCAUAUGCAAUACUGAGCAGCCUGGUUGCAGAAAUGUGUGCUAUGACGAGGCUUUUCCCAUCUCUCUUAUAAGAUACUGGGUCUUGCAAGUUAUAUUUGUGUCUUCCCCUUCCUUGGUGUAUAUGGGUCAUGCCUUAUACAGACUAAGAGCCUUGGAAAAAGAAAGGCAAAAAAAGAAAGCUCAGGUAAGGGUGGAACUUGAAAGCACUGAAUUAGAAAUGACUGAAAAUCGUAAAAGACUGGAGAGGGAGCUCCGGCAACUGGAUCAAAGGAAGCUGAACAAAGCACCCCUAAGAGGCUCUUUGCUCUGCACUUAUGUGAUACAUAUUUUCACAAGAUCUGCAGUGGAAGUUGGUUUUAUGAUUGGGCAGUAUCUUCUUUAUGGUUUUCACUUAGAUCCCCUUUAUAAAUGUCAGAGAGACCCAUGUCCAAACACAGUUGACUGCUUUGUAUCUAGACCAACAGAAAAGACAGUGUUUAUAUUAUUUAUGCAAUCAAUAGCAACCGUGUCAUUGUUUUUAAAUAUUCUAGAAAUUAUCCACUUAGGAUUCCGAAAAAUUAAAAUGGGACUCUGUGAGCAGAAUAAAACUAAAGAUGACUCUGAGAAUUUCUACAUAAACAAAUCUAAGAAAUACUCUGUGAUACCACACUCUUCUUUGGGAAUAUCCACCACCCCUCAGAAAACACUUCCUUGUGCUCUUAGCAAUUAUACCUUUUUGAUGGAAAAGCAAACUGACAGUAUGCUCUACCCAGUUUUAAAUUCUCCUUCUGUGUUUCAGUCUGUGCAAAAUAACCAUACAGAAAGCAGCAGCAAUUACACCCAUUGCAAUCAGGAAAAUAAAUCUCCAAAGAAGAGGCCAGCCACAAAUGCUUUGGACAAUCAGACUCAAAAUGCUAGCACAAAUAAUAAUGAAGGCUUUCUUGGCGAGCUUUGGACUGAGAGGCAUGAUGCACAAGAAGAGGCAGAAAAGAAACAUUUUCCUGUUGAUACUCAGAAUGCAGAUACCACCUCAAACAUGUACUUGAGAAGCUUUGCUGAGAUGCCAUCUCAAACUUCACUGCAAGCUGGUACAACUUUCCCUUGUACCAGUUCUAGACGACAGGCAGUGGUUGAGAGCACAGGAGCACCAACACAUUCUCUUCCAAAGAACGGUGACAGAAGACAAAGCAGUUUCAGUGUAAACAAAGCCCAAAUUCCUUACAAUGCUGAUGGAAAAAAUUCCAGCCGACCAGACACUUCUGAUUCUAUGGGGGUGGUGAGCUCAGAGUCUACACAAAGCAGAAACUGGAAUAGUCCUAAGCUUUUCUCUCUGUCUCGGCAACAGUCACUGUCAAGUAAUGCCAGCAGUAGGCGUGCCCCCACUGACCUUCAAAUAUAGUGUGAGUUAACUCAUUAGCGGCACUCAUUAACUGCACUAACUCAUUAGCUGCACUAACCAGUGCUGGGAUAAUUCCUGAACAGAGACAUAACCCAGACCUAUGUGUAAGUGCAGCUAAAUAAUUCAACUUUAACCAGCUCUUUGCAUAGGUAGAAAAGUCGUGUAACUCUUUGAAGAGUAGCUAAGUAAUUUUAAACAGUCUCUUUACUUCCUUUGUAAUGCAAAUGUGGCACAGACCUCAGUAUAAACUUCUACACUCCAGCUAAAAAGGAAA